UAGCUGGAAAAUAAUGCCUGUGAAAUUGGUUAAAUAGAGUGGAUUAUACGUACAUAUAACGAGCAAAUCCAUACAUUACGCUGUGUGUGUGCGGCGCGCAAACCGGCGAUUCCCAUGCGAGUGAACGAGUGGGCAGGAGGAAGCGCUGCGAAAAAGUCAUCAAUUAUAUAGGCCAUUCGAUUCUGGGAUUUGGGCCAUGAAGAGCGUGCUGAUGGUGGCCGAGAAGCCCUCGCUGGCGGCAUCGCUGGCGGGGAUUCUCUCGAACGGACGCUGCACUGCCAAGCGGGGCACCGGUAACGGCUGUUCCACGCACGAGUGGACGGGAAACUUUCGAAACGAGGGCAGCGUCCACUUUCGAAUGACGUCCGUGUGCGGUCAUGUGAUGUCGCUGGACUUCAUCAGCAAAUACAACUCCUGGGACAAGGUGGAUCCCGUCGAGCUCUUUGGCUGUCCCACCGAGAAGAAGGAAACGAAUCCCAAGCAGCACAUGCGCACCUUUCUGGCUCACGAGGCGCGCGGCUGCGACUAUCUCGUCCUUUGGCUGGAUUGCGACAAGGAGGGCGAGAACAUCUGCUUCGAGGUGAUGGACGCCGUGCAGCAUGUCAUCCACAAUGUAUACAGCAAGCAGGUGACGUAUCGUGCCCACUUUUCGGCCAUCACGGAGAAGGAUAUCAAGGGAGCGAUGGAGACGCUGGGGCAUCCCAACGAGAACGAGGCCAAGUCGGUGGACGCUCGCCAGGAACUGGACCUGCGCAUUGGAUGCGCCUUUACCCGCUUCCAAACCAAGUUCUUUCAGGACCGAUACGGCGACCUGGACUCUUCGCUGAUCUCCUACGGUCCUUGCCAGACGCCCACACUUGGCUUCUGCGUGAAGCGGCACGACGACAUCCAGACCUUCAAGCCGGAGAGCUUCUGGCACCUGCAGCUCCUCGCCGGACAGCCGGAAUUCACGCUGGAGUGGGCGCGAGGUCGGGUCUUCAAGAAAGACAUCGCCAUCAUGCUGCUGGGUCGCGUCAAGGAGCACAAGGAGGCUACUGUGGAGAGCGUGGCCAGCAAGGAGGCCUUCAAGAGCAAACCACAGGCACUGAACACCGUGGAACUGAUGCGAAUCUGCAGCUCCGGACUGGGCAUCGGUCCGUUCCAGGCGAUGCAGAUAGCGGAGCGCCUGUACACACAGGGCUACAUCAGCUAUCCGCGAACGGAGACCAAUCAGUAUCCGACUAACUUCGAUCUGCCGGCUGUGCUGCACGUGCUGAAGCCAUCGGGGGAUUUUGGCGAGGAGGCGCGCUCCAUUCUGGGCGACAUGCAGACGCCGCGUAAGGGCAAGGAUGCUGGCGACCAUCCACCCAUCACGCCCAUGAAACUGGGCAACCGCAGUGACUUCGAUCGCGACACCUGGCGCGUCUACGAGUUCAUCUGCCGGCACUUCAUGGGCACGGUGUCGCGUGAUCUCAAGUACCGCGUGACGACGGCCAAGCUGCGCGUUGGUCUGGAGACGUUUAGUUGUACGGCCAAUGUGCUGAUCGAUGCCGGUUUCACCAAGGUGAUGACCUGGCAGGCCUUCGGCAGGGACGAACCGAUGCCGCCGUUCGUUCAGGGCACUCAGGUGGCCAUCAACGAUGUGCGUCUUACCGAAAGCCAGACGGGGCCGCCGGAUUAUCUCACCGAAUCGGAGCUGAUCACACUAAUGGAGCAGCACGGCAUCGGCACGGAUGCUUCCAUACCGGUGCACAUUAAUAACAUCUGCCAGCGCAACUAUGUGCACAUUGAAAACGGCCGCAAGCUGAUUCCAACGACGCUGGGCAUUGUGCUGGUCCACGGCUAUCAGAAGAUCGAUCCGGAACUCGUGCUGCCCACCAUGCGAACGGAGGUGGAGCGCAUGCUGACGCUGAUUGCCCAGGGUUCGGCAAAUUUUCAGGAUGUGCUGCGUCACGCCAUCAAGAUCUUUAAGCUGAAGUUUAUGUACUUUGUAAAGAACAUCGCCAACAUGGACUCACUGUUCGAGGUCUCCUUCUCGCCGCUGGCCGAGUCGGGCAAGGCGCACUCGCGCUGCGGCAAGUGUAGGCGCUACAUGAAGUACAUACAGACCAAACCGGCGAGGUUGCACUGCUCUCAUUGCGAUGAGACCUACGCCCUGCCCAUUGGCAAUGUGAAGGUGUAUCGCGAGUUCAAGUGCCCGCUGGAUGACUUCGAUCUGCUUGCCUUCUCCACCGGCGUCAAGGGGCGAUCGUAUCCGUUCUGCCCGUACUGCUACAACCAUCCGCCGUUCAGCGACAUGCCCCACUUGGGGGGCUGCAACACCUGCACGCACGCAACCUGCCCGCACUCGCUGAACACGCUGGGCAUCUCUGGUUGCGUGGAGUGCCCCACCGGCGUCCUGGUGCUUGACUGCACGUUGGCGCCCACCUGGAAGCUGGGCUGCAACCGCUGCGACGUGAUCAUCAACUGCUUCAAGGGAGCCACAAAGAUCACGGUGGAAGAGGCCAAGUGCCAGGAGUGUGGCGCCCAGCAGGUAAACGUGGUCUACAAGUCGGACAAGAGCAAGUUCAAGGAUGGUAGUGAGGAGAAGAGCGGCUGCAUCUUCUGCUCCACCGACUUCUCCCAUUUGGUUGAGAAGCAUCGGGCGGUGGCAUCCAGACCGGUUCGCAGUGGCGGUGGACCCCGUGGCGGCAAGGCUGGUCGUGGCGGUGGAGGUGUGGGCGGGCCGGCUGGUGGCGCCGGAGGAGCGGUUACGGCUGGCGGUGGGCCUGGUGCAGGGGGCGGGGGGCGUGGCGGGCGCGGCGGUCGGCCGCCCAAGGAUAAAAUGGCCCAGCUGGCGGCGUAUUUCGUUUGAGGACACUGAAUUGCAUUUAGAAGAACAAUAACUAAACAAGAAACAAAAAAACAGCCUAAUAAAAUCGAAAUUGUAUAAAGAAAA